GGGACCGCCCAUGGAUGGAAAUUUCCAGAAGCUGCCGCUGCUUAAAACCCGUUUCUACAACGGUCUCGGUCAUUCGUGUGACGACAUCUGAACGGUGUAGGUUUCUUCGACUUAACUCGCUACAAGUCAACAAAUCUGAAAAUUCGUGAACUUUAAUAGAUACCCACUGUGGUGUAAUACACGUUUUGAGGUAUUUUUACGCGCUCGUAGUUUCUUCCGACGUUUUUGAAAGAGGAGUUUCAAGCCACGGUUGACCUGCCCUAGGCAGAAAUCUGAACCAUGGCCAAGCACGUGGACUCCAACUCUGAAAUGGCUCACGCUCGCCAGACCGAUGGGCUCAACGUGAUUUUCGACCAGAAAAGUCCUGGAUCGUCCCGCUCGCGCUCACGCUCUGUCUGCAGUAGUGCCAGCAGCCGUUCCACCGGCUCCAGCUACAAGGGUCCCGAGAACCGGACACGAUACAGGUCUUCCUCCUGCUCUUCGUCAUCUUCUUCGAGCUCGUCCUCUUCUCGCUCCAGGUCUCGGUCCUACCCCCGCUGCCACCGGAGGACCUCACGCUGCCGCUGUGAUGACCAUGGAGGCCGUGGCCGCACCCCACCUCGCCGCUACAGGGCCCACUCUCGCUCAUUCAGCCGCUCUCCACCUCGCCGCUACAGGGCCCACUCUCGCUCAUUCAGCCGCUCCCCACCUCGCCGCUACCGGGCUUACUCCCCCUCCUACAGCCGCUCACCCUCUCCAGAUAGGUACUCUCGUCAUCGGAGACACUACAGGUCCCGUUCCAGGUCUCCCCUGCGCUGGGACCGAUACAGGAGACCUGCGAGUCAGUUUAGAUGCAGUUUCUCCCCACCCUCCAGGACCUACAGGCGGCGAUCGAGGUCCAGAUCCACUGAACGAUCCGUCAGCUUGAGCUUGCAUGAUAAAAGGGCACUCUUAGAAGCUGCUCAGACCAACGCCAUGAGGCUGUUUGGAGUGGAGAAGCUGGACCUUCCUGAAAGUGUGAAGCCAAUCCUUAAAGACGAGCCCGAGCCCAACAGAUCAUUGCCAGAGCCAGGGUUGAGGGCAAAGGAGAGCAUCCAGAGGCUGUCAGAGAUUACAUGACACUGGUCUCCUUCACUCAUCGGCACCUGGGAAUAAAGGGCUGUCAUGUGACUUGGGUGACAAUGUUUGUUUGCGUUCAAAUGUUAGUUGAUAACUCCUGACAUGUUAGUAGGCAAUCAAGUUGUGUAAUGUUAGCAUUGUGUGCAUAGACUAAAUUACACACAUAAAAGCUUAGCUCAUAUUCGGACAGGCUGUAGACUAUUUGACAUUACAAAUGUAUUUAUGCUUGCAGAUGAAAUGGGUUAUUGUUAUUUAGCAGAGUCUGCCACUCGCUGAUGGAUCACAGGUGUGUGGACUGCAUUAUAGUGACUAUUCCUGUCAAGAACCACUCUCCAUAUGUCAAAGAUAAGUUGGUACACAGAAUGUGUGCUAAGGGGUUGGGGUACCUGCGUCUCCGUCAUUAUUCCACUCUUAAAAACAAUGUCUGCUUCAAGGUCUGUCCUCCUAAGACUAUUUGUGGGAGGAUCUGCAUUAAAGUAACAUCUUUAAGAUUUAUUUCUUAAAUCACAGUAAAGCUUCAUAUCAGUAAUGAACAGUAAAAAGCUUCAAAAUGAAGCUCACUGUUCUGCCCCUUGCUUGUAAUUAACUUGUUAUUUUUAUUUUUUUUUAAGAAACAGGAGAAUGAGCCAGAGCCAGGUGUGUCGAGUCCAGUGACAUCUCCCAAAAGAAAAA